CCUCCUCCCGCGCCGUUCGCCUCCCUUCGCCGCGCCCUUCGCCGCAGCCGAGGCAGACGAGCCCCCUGAAGGGGAGGUCCCUCUAGGGAUGGUGCAGUAGGCGAGCGCCGCGUAGGCGUCGGCAAGGACGUGGACGAGGGAGGUGGCCCUGUUUUGUGCGAAGGGGAAGCAGAUGCCGACGGCGCUGGCGACGAGGAUUGAUGCCGACAGCGCUUGACGGCCCCGCCCCGCCUCUCCCAGCCGCCGCCGUCGCCGAAGACGGAGGGCUCCGGCUUCGCGCCCCAGGACACAGCCUGGGUGACCGGCGGCGCCGGGUGCGCCCAGAAGGAGCAGGUGUUGUUGCCUCCCCGGCCGUCGCCGCCCGGCACACUAGGAGCUGUGCCGGGGACUGUCGAGUCGCCGCGGCCGCCCCGCUUGGAGAAUCCGCAUGGUAGUCGCUGUGCCGUGCUCAUCUGAUGCCUGGACGACAAGGAGCAGCCUGCCAACAUCCCUGAGACAGGCGUCACCAGCGGAUGCAGCAGUGCAACGAAAGAAUUCAGUGGUGGUGUUUGGACUCUGCAGAAAUGCUGCUUAGUACAAAAGAAUCAAUGAAUCUUGUGCCGGAACGCGGCUGCACUGGGCACAAGAAAAGCUGUCUUGACCUGCGUCGCCACAGCCACGUCGCAACAGACCCCUCCGUCUCCGUGCCCGGCGCUCUCCCCUGCUCUAGCGCCGCAAUCCGGGCCGAAUCAGCACCUUCCUCCGUCGUCGAUCUGCGGCCCCUUCAUGCUUCAUGCCUGUGGUGUGCUCGACAUGCCGCCCCGACACGUUGCACUGGUUAUACGGCCCAGAGUGUCCAUUGUCGACGCCACCUUCGCUGCUGUACCCAUAUUUGGGGCCAACCAAACUAUGUAGCCAUCUGUCAUCCUGGAGGUCUCAAGACGAGGUCGUGCCCAAGAAGCUCCGGUGUCAGGAUAGAACGGUAAUACAUGCCUGUGCUUUAAAUAUAUGUUUUAACCAUAAAAUUGAUUUGUUCCUUUCAAUGGUAUGUCGACAUGCAUUUCCAAGUAUAUGCACUACAUGUUGCUAUCAAAUGACUCACUUCUAAUGCAUUGCUUCUUAGCUGAAUAUAUGUUUAUUUAUUGUACUUUUUUCCUUAGAAACCACUGUUCUCAAGUGGAGAGUGGAGACACGAUUGUAAAGGUCAUCCCUUGUAAUCUCAACUAAAAUAAUUAAGCGGAUGUCUAGCUGAUGUUGGCAUACAUGGAAAUUCGUCUUGUCUUUGAUUGGUUAACUCCCAAUAGGCUUCACCAAAUUGUUUUAAAUUUUUCUUUUAUACAUCAACUAGAUGCUUGUCAUUAUAUUUAAUUGGAAACAUCAUGUAAAACCAGUGUACAAGAAAAAUCUUGGAAAACUCAGGCAACAGUUAGCUAUGAAGCAUAUCCAUUUUAUUACAACUUGCUUAUGAUGUACUAUAAUUGUCCAACACAAAACUCAAACUAACAACACAGGUACCUAAAUCAUACCUGUAAAUCAACAUCAGAAAAGAAAAGGAAAAAAAGUUGGUUCCAACGAACAGGUCGAGCAGCCCACGCCGCUUGCAGCUAUUUCUUUCGGUACAGUUUCCAUGCUUCAUCAGGAUAGAGGGAGGCAUCAGCAUGCACCAAGUCUAUGUCAUCUUUCCCAAGCCAGGCACACAUGAAGUCUCGUUUUUUUUGAAACGAUGUCUCAUCUUGUUGAUGCACAUGAAUUUCAUGUGCAUGCUUACUAGUAUGUCUUAAACAGGACAAUCUGUAGCAAUCUGAACAUCUUCCAUACUUCUGGUACUCCAAAACUUUUGAAAAAUUAGGACAAAAUAAAAAAUUUGUAUAGCAAUAUUGUCCAAAAAGAAUC